AUAAAUAUAAUUUUUACUCCACUAACUGUGUUUCUGUAACUCUGUGUGUGGUUUGUCUAAGUGGCGUUGCCAUACCUGACACAUUGUCUCCAUGUAGGGCAAAAGCAAAGCAAACAUUCAUCGUAUCAGACCAUUUUGUGUUGGCAAUGAUGCUGCAGCAGAGAAGGAUGAAGAUUCUCCGUCUGAGGUUUAAGCUUUUUGAAUCAUUGUACUGCAAACUUUAUUGUCCAUCCUAAGAAAGCAUGUGGAGGUACAUAUAUGUUUUCUUUCAGGUGAACAUUUUGACCCCAGCAGUCUGUGCUUGGAGAAACCCAGCUUCUUCACAUUCCUUAGACUGAAAAAAGAUGAGCUCAUGAAUAACACCGUGGACAAUGUUUCCUCAGCCCUGGUAAAAAAAAAAAAACCUGCAGACUGGCCCCUGAAUUAAAGCUGGUCUAGAUGAGCCGACCCGGGCCUGUUUACAUGCUCUCUGUAUGAGCUGAUUUACCUCUGUGUGUGUUUUUGUGUGUGUUGCGUGUUCCUCUUUGUUUUCUGUCACUUUGUGUUUUACGUCGUCCUCACUUUGUGUGCAUCUGUGACUCACAGACAAACAUGGCAGCAGGCGGUCCGUGAUGCAGUAUGGGCCACAUAUAAGUGUGUGUCUGUCUGCUGGAGGGACCUGAAGAGGACACAGCAGCCGCUCUCUGACAGAGGACACCCUGACGGCUUCGUGUAUAAGAGAUGUGUGAAGAUGAACUCUGAAACUCCUGGUUUAGACGCUCAGACAUCCCCUCUGUGCUGUUUCUCUGACAGACUGCAGCUGGACACAGUUUGUGAUCUUUCCUCCUUAAACUGACUGAACUGAAUCACACAGCAGAGGAUGUCAUCGUCCAGACUCCCUCUGCUCCUGUAUGGGAUCCUCCUCUGCAGCUCCUUCACUCCUGUCCCGGUCAUCAGCAGCAGGAGACAAACUGUCCACAGCGUGAGUUCACUAGUUUGGACCAGUGGCAGCUCCUGGGACAAGAGGGACACGACGGGCAGGGACGGAGAGUACCUGCUGGGUAUAAAGAGACUGAGGAGACUGUACUGUAACGUGGGCAUCGGCUUCCACAUCCAGGUCCUGCCCAGUGGGAAGAUCACAGGAGUGCACACGGAGAACAGAUACAGUGAGUAUUUCUAUAUUCCUGUUUAUGAUGCUGUGGCUCCAGAAUAACAGGAACAACCAGCCACAGAAUAAAACAAAUGUUCAGCCACAAACCUCCACAUGCUUUUAGUUGGACAGUAAGUUUUUGUAGGAUAUAAUGAAAAAGCUCAAACAUGACCUGAAGUUAUGGCUGCUGCAGGAUCAUUACCAUGAAUAAAUGACCUGUCUGAUCUUAUGGGCAUUAGGUCUAUGUUCAUCCACAGAGACAAUGCACCAUACACAACUUGGACCAACCAUGCGCAGAACUACAGAAACACAUGACUGAUAUAGUUUUUUACUGGGGAUGCAUGAUAGUGGGAAAAAACUAAUUAUCCAUUAUUUUCCUGCAAUAUGGAAAAACUGUCAUAAUUUGAACUAGAUGAUCAAAGCACGUUUUUAGAAACAAUACAAAUUUUAACAACACAGUUAUUACCAUUUAAAACUUGGAUCUUUCAAUCUACCUUCUGCUUUCAGAUCUCCUUCCUUCUUCUGUCAGUGUGUUCAGCUCUCUGAGAGAAGAAGAGACAUGAGAGUAGUGGAGAGCACAGGAGGAGUGAAACAUUACUUCAUCAACUUUACUUACAAAUGCAAUUGACAUACUUCUGUCAUGUAAAAAAUGAUGUUAAAUCUGCAUCAUAAGCCAGGUUACAGAAUUAGGUUAAAAAGGGUUAUCGCCACAGUUUGGAGAUGUAUGGUUGCAAGUUCAAACUUUAAGAAUGAAAAAGGGUUUUGUAGAUUUUGGUUACUGAGACAGACAGCCCUUCUUGUUCAGCUACUCAAACAACUGACCCAAACACAAACUCAUGUUUUUGACUCCAGGCCUUUUAGAGAUUUCCCCAGUGGAGAGAGGAGUGGUGACUCUGUUUGGGGUGAGAAGUGGCCUCUUCAUCGCAAUGAGUGACAGAGGGAAACUCUAUGGUUCGGUAAGAGCAACUUCGAUUUUAACUUCACAUUUAUCCUGAGAGAUAUUUAAUCUGCAGCAGACAGCAAGACACAAGAUAACAUCAAGCGCAUCAGAAAUAAAAAAAUAAAACACAGGAAGUCCACAACUUGUUAAACAUAGAUACUCUUACCACUCUGAACCAGAGGCUGAAGAGGAUCAAAAGCAGCACAAUAAAGUCAAGUAUCAAGUCAAAUAACAUGCUGUGCUGUUGUUCAAAUGUAAAACUGACAAAAACCACCUAGACCUUCAGCCCCAGCAAUUUAGUCCUGAAUCUGCAUCCUAGUCUGCACACAUGUUAUUCCUUGCACUACUUUGAGAGACUUAGGGAAUCCUGCUGUUUGCAAGUAUUGGUGUACAUCACACAAAUAACAUAGCAAAUAGAUUUUUCUGAUAACAUUGAAAAUUCAUGAUGAAUUAGAAGUGAAUGUAAGCCUUACUGAAGGACAUGUCAGUGUUUAUUUAUUUAUUUAUUUUUUGCUUUCAUUACUUUUCAGUAAACUUUACUCAUGCUCUCUACACGGUUUGAUGUAUGUGUGUAUGAAGGCUAUAUAAAUACCCUGUGUGCUUGUUAGUCACAGUUAAUGUUAGGUCAUGUUUGUGAUGUUGAGUUUGUUGCCACUGCUUGGACGCUGAAGUGAUGAGUUGGAGUUGAAGUUGUUGUGCACGCUGACUGAGAUGAAGUGAACCUUAAACCAAACAGCAGUUAGUCAUCCCGCACUUAGUCAUCUGCUCAGAACGGCAGUCAUGCAUGGAGGUGGAGGUGGGGGGUACAGUCAGGGUGGGGGUGGGAGGUUUAGGUUGACCUUUUAGCUGGAGCCCAGACCUCUGUGACGAUGUUAUCUCCUUACAUUAAAUUAUAAAGCAGUGAGAGGAGGUUUAAUAUCUGUGGUUUGGGAGAGCGGGGGGGAGUCACUCAAUAAGGACAGACCCCGACCUGCCAUGUUGACAGCCAGGUACCGGAUCACUGACAGGUCAGGUCUGAUAGUUUGUAGAGCUCGUUUCAUACACCCACCGCACUCCGGAUGCUGAAGACUUCCCAUCAUUACCUUGGUUGGCUGUGUGUGUGUGACACUCACAUGCGGCUCACUCAGAAGUUUUCACGACAUGCAAUGAAAAUGCCUGGAAAAUGUCAGGACCUGGAUGUUCAAAGAUUACAGCAGGAGUUUGUUUGAGCUCAAGGAGUCUCAAAACUAUCCAAAGAUAAAUCCUCUCUCCUCCUCUUCCUCAGGGUCACUACAACGAUGAGUGCAAGUUUAAGGAGAAGCUCCUCCCCAACAACUACAACGCCUACGAGUCAGCCGCAUACCCUGGCUUGUUCAUCGGACUCAGCAAGACCGGGAAAACCAAGAGGGGUAACCGGGUCAACCCCACCAUGACCAUGACACACUUCCUCCCAAGGAUAUGA